AUGGCCUUCCGAGGUGAUGCGCGAGGACGUGGCGGCUUCAGAGGUGGUGAUAGAGGAAGAGGAUCGUUUGGUGGAAGAGGUGGAGGGCGAGGUGGAUUCCAACAACAGAGCUUUGGCCCGCCUGCACAAGUCUUUGAAAUGGGCACCUUCAUCCACGCCACCGAGGGUGAGAUGGUCUGCGAGUCCGUCAACGCAAAGAUACCCUUUUUCAACGCCCCAAUAUACCUCGAGAACAAGACUACCAUAGGAAAAGUGGAUGAGAUCCUGGGACCCAUCAACCAAGUCUACUUCACAAUCAAGCCGCAAGAAGGUAUUCAAGCUACGUCGUUCAAGAAGGGUGACAAAUUUUACAUUGGAGGGGACAAGUUGCUACCACUAGAGAAGUUCUUGCCCAAACCCAAACCGCCACCAGACCUCCGAAUCCUCAACUUUUUCAUCUUCUUACACCCAAGCACGAAAGCCAUGUCACGGCGAGUGGGGUCCACCAAUGGCGUCGAGAAACAAAGUCCUGCGCAGCCCAAGGAUAAUGCUCAGUCGAAGCAAGCAAUGCUGUUAUCUCAAGACACAGGACAUUUUAGUCUGGUCAGGGCGCUUCAUCUCGCCGAUCUGAUCACUGAAAUGAAUGGUUUCUGUGGAUUCAUGUCAAUUCUCUCCUCGAUGCGUUAUUGUCUCGCAGACCCAAGCGAUCUCACAAAUCUAUGGCUCGCCUUCGGCUUAAUGCCCUUUGGACUAUUCUUCGACUUUCUGGAUGGUAAGGUGGCGCGGUGGAGAGAGAAGUCAUCCCUGAUGGGUCAAGAGUUGGACUCGCUUGCAGAUUUGGUCACAUUUGGCGUCGCUACCGCUGCCGCUGGGUUCGCCAUGGGAUUUCGUACAAACGUCGAUCAGCUCUUCCUGAGCUUCUACGUUCUCUGCGGACUGACGAGACUGGCGCGAUUCAAUGUGACUGUUGCAAUGCUACCGAAGGAUAAGUCUGGGAAAUCAAAGUACUUCGAGGGUACGCCAAUACCGUUUGCUUGCUUGAUAAGCUUGACGAUGAUGACUGCUUGCGCUUGGUCUGGGUGGAUACAUGGAGAUAUCCCCUUGGGGACUUUCUUCAGUGGAACCGCGCUCGAGUUUCACCCCUUGGUGGUGAUCUUUCUCGUCAAUGGGGUUCUCAUGACGAGCAGAACAUUACACGUUCCCAAACCGUAA